UUGUUUUUAGUCAGUGGUGGUUGGUAUUCUGUUUUGUCUCGGUUCUCAACAGAUGGCUGCAGAAUGGCAUAAGGAAACUUCCCAAUCUUUAAUAGUAAAGAUGGUGACAAAACAUCAUUAAUGUGAUGCAUGUGCAGUGAGAAAUUAUGUGAAAAAUGGCGUUCAUAGUGGAUUUUGGGAUGUUUUUACAAUAUGAAGUAGUGCGCUAUGAAAUACAGGAACUGGGCUGUGUAAAAAGUUGCAGAGGUAUCACUCGUGUGGAAUAUUAAUCUCAUUCCUGACUAUCGUUUUUGAACCGUGGUAACCAAAGAUGGUUGUGAGCGACGCAAGCAUACACAACAUUAUGGGGGGAAUGGAGAGCACAGCAGGAGUACGACUUCAUAAUCACCGACGGAAACUCAAGCAAAGGUUUGAUAUAAUUAAGAAGCUUGGGCAAGGAACUUAUGGAAAAGUUCAACUAGGGAUCAACAAAGAAACGGGACAAGAGGUUGCCAUCAAAACAAUAAAGAAGGCAAAAAUUGAGACUGAAGCAGAUCUAGUGCGAAUCCGUCGUGAGAUUCAGAUAAUGUCAUCAGUUCAGCAUCCAAAUAUCAUACAUAUAUAUGAAGUGUUUGAAAACCGAGAGAAGAUGGUACUCGUAAUGGAAUAUGCGGCAGGAGGAGAACUGUAUGAUUUUCUAAGUGAAAGAAAGGUUUUAGCUGAAGAAGAAGCUAGGAGAAUAUUUAGGCAAAUUGCAACAGCUGUAUAUUACUGCCAUAAGCAUAAAAUCUGUCAUAGAGACCUCAAGCUAGAGAACAUUUUGUUGGAUGAAUAUGGAAGUGCUAAGAUCGCAGAUUUUGGGUUGUCAAAUGUAUUUGAUGAACAGAGGCUUUUGAAUACAUUUUGUGGCAGUCCGUUAUAUGCCUCACCAGAGAUAGUCAAAGGAACCCCCUAUCAUGGACCUGAAGUUGAUUGCUGGUCUCUUGGUGUGUUGUUAUACACACUUGUGUAUGGUGCAAUGCCAUUUGAUGGAUCAAACUUCAAGCGGCUUGUAAAGCAAAUUUCACAGGGUGACUACUUUGAACCAAAGAAACCAUCACCUGCUUCGCCAUUGAUCCGAGAGAUGCUGACCGUUACACCAGCUCGUCGCGCUGAUAUAGAAAAAAUAUGCUCUCAUUGGUGGGUGAACGAAGGUCACGCAGAGUCAUGCCUGGAUAUAGCAGAGGAAUUAGCAAAUCAGACACCAGUUCGGCUUGAUCUUCUGCUUUCCUUAGCUCCACCACCUCCUGCAGUUGGCAGUGAUAAGAUGUUGCUCACGGAUGAACAGGGUGACGGCAACUCCGGAGCAGUUGCUACAGACCAGAUAGGACCACCUCGCUGCCACUCAGUUGGCAGUCUAACGGAACUGGAUGUACCUUCAGCCGAGCGACGGAUACGGGAAUUUCAAAUGGAGAAUCGAAGGGGAAGUGGUGGGGAUGCCAAGGAUACACCCAAAAGGAAGUUGGAAGAAGGAACAUCAACUGAGGAUGCAGCUCGUGGUGGAGCCAAAAGAAAAGAACGUGUCGGGAGAAGGGAGCAUUGUGUUGAACAGAAGGAGUCGGCAGUAAGAUCCAGUAGUUGGAGCAGGCGAGGUUCUGACACUGAAGAAAACAGGCAAAGCAUGUCAGUUCCUGAGGAGAAAAUGGAUGUUGAUGUUAAUACUGGGUUACACGAACCAAUCAGUUCGAACGUUACCAAAGAGCCAAAUGACCCUCUUGCAGGGAAUGGAGAAAUUUUGAAGGAUAAGACGCACGUAGCUAUGGAUUCUGCUGAAAGUUGUAAAGCUGAUACAGUAACACAGACAACUCUAGAGAAAGAUCCGACAAAAACAACCACGACGCGAGACAGAACAACAAGGAAGUCGGUGAAAGGUUCCACAAAAAAAUCAAAACCACCAUCAGUUGAUGGUGUUCCAAGUAAUACUGAAACUUUGUUGACUAAAGAUAUGGAACCUGAAGAAAAAGCAGCGCAAAAUAAGGAGCAAGGAACUGGUGUUGAAAAAAAUGCAGAGCAAAUGUUGACAACAGCGCAGGUGCCAUCUGGUGAAAGUGAAAUAAAAGAGGGAACAGACAAACCACCAGUUGAAGCAAUAAAACCCAAGGUGAAGAAGAAAAAGAAAGUAUUGAAUAAUUCCAUAUCAGAUACUUCAGUAGAAAAUAAGCAGAAUUCAACAGAAGUAGGUUUGAUUGAAUCUAGUCAACAACCAACUGAUGCUAAGAGUAAUUUAAAUGAUAGUUCUAGUCAAAAAGUGAAAGAAGUAGUGGUAAAAACAGAAGCAGAUGAGAGCAAAACAAACAGGAAUUCUGAUGUUUCUGAUAAAAUUUUGAAAAAUUGUGUAUCAUCUUCCAAAGACAGUAGUGAAAAUAGAACUGUUGAUGUGCCAAAGACGGCCGGUGUUAAAACAAAGAAGAGCCGUGGUGAUUUAAGCCUUGGUAAAUUAAGCUCAAGUAAUGAUAAAUCCUCUGGAGCAGAGGAGUUGGCCACACCCACUAAACCUGUCGAAAGGAGACGUUCAAAAAUAUUUGAAAAUGCCGAUAAAUUUAAUAUCUUUCUCGGUGGCUCUGAUCCCAAGUCACCGACGACAGAAAAACCAAAAAAAGUAUUUAUACCUGGAGUUAAAGUUAGUGAUUAUAAACAGGCAUUCGAGAGAAGGUCAUCGCUGUCUUCAACUUCCUUGCCGACACCAGUCAAGAACUCUACGUCAAAGAAAGCAGUAGAACAAAAUUCUAAAAUUAUUCCAACAAAAAGUUUAUCCUGUGAUAAUGGUAAUGUUGAUGCAUCUAGGGCUGUAAAAGAUGUAGAAAGAAAUUCAAACAAUACUGACUUGACCACAACAUCUGGUUUCAGUUCCUCAAAAGAGUCUGAAAAUUCCCAGCACUUGAAGCAGGAGGAAGCAUCGCCUGAGUCAGUUGAGGACAAUCAAUCAUCCAUGGAGUCCUGUGCAGUUCAGACUGACGAAAUAAAUUCUGUACGUCCGAAUACAAAGGUAAAGAAGGAUGGAGCUGAUGGGGGUGAAAAUAUCAGUGCUGAGGAAAGUUUGACAGCAGGCACACUAAAGUGUGAAGAGGCAGAUUUAAAAUUGGUCCCAGCAUUACAAAUGACAGAUAAAGUGUCCCAGCAAGAAAAAGCCAGGAUAAAGAAAUUAAAGGACGCAGUUGAAAUUAUCAGCAAUGCGAUUGCAGAGGAAAGCAAAAGGGAAACAGAUCCAUCUGCAGUCAAAAAAAUUACAUCUACAAAGCCUCCGGUUCCUAGUUCACCUGACAAACCCAAAACGAAGAGCGCUGGAAGUUGUAAUUCUUCUUCUCCUAAAUCUCCCCCAAUUUCUCCUACUGAUACAUCUUCUGGUAAAAGAACUAUUUAUGUGCAGGUUGCGCCAAAUGAUGUGAGAAUAGCAACUGUUCAGGUUUCUACUCCGCAGAGUACAAAUUUCCCAUUUGAUGAUAAAUCUAUAGCGAAACAGUUGGCUGACAAAGGCAGUGAAACUCUUCCUGAGAAGCAAAGUGCAAAUGAAGCAAAUAAGAACGAGGAUAGUGACAAUAUUCAUAAGCAAGGAGACACAUCUGCUAGUAAGACAGUCAAAACAAACUUGGACCCAUCAGUGCCCGCAAAGAAGAAAUCGGCUAAAGUUGAAAUUACCCUGAAGUCUGCCACAUUACCAAGAAGACGAACAUCAAAAACUGAAAUUCAGUUAGGUUUCGCUUCCUCUCAACCAACAUCAAGACCAGAGUCAGGAGCACCAGGAGAGUACAGGACUGAAGUGGAACACAUGGUUGGUAGUCCUAGUUCUAGGUUGCUAACCCAGCGCUCAGAAGUUGCAUUCCCUGUAGCUGCAGCCGCUGAUGUGAAGCCAUUGUCAUACAGGUCAUCAUCUUUGGAACCAGAAGGAACUCCUAGCAGUAAGAGUAAACCGCGGGAACACAUCAUACCAAUACGCGUGGAAAAGGAUAUGGGGAGGAAUACAGUGUGUAGCCCUCCACCUGCCAAACCUCCAGUUCCUUCUUUACAACAACAGAGGUCGCUGUCUCAGAGAUCAAGCAGCUUGUCACGGCAAAGUACUCAGGACUCCGAUACGGACAGUACCAUCUCAGCGACUGGUCCAGAACCAAUUAGAAAAUCUCCGAGAGAGUACAUCAUCCCAAUUGCAGUGGAGGGAGGAGGCUAUGUUACACCAAGGGCUGGAAGUUUGGAACCUUCCGUGUCAGAAGCUUCAACUGAAGCGUCACGACAGCACCAUCGCUCUUCUGGUCGUUUUAGCAAGCCCAGAAGAAUGAGCAGUCUGCUAAGCGACAGUGGGGCUAGUGAGGAUGAAGGUUUCAACAACCUGAACAGUCCGUUCGUUUCUCUUCAGAGGCACAGUUCUCUGGGCAACGAUGACCUGGAUGACGAGAGGCCUUUCCAUCAUAUGCACAGGCUAAGGAGUUCCAGACCAAGCCGACGACCGCCACUGGAACACAAUGACAGUCUGAGCUCUGCUGAAGAGGAUGACGAUGACGACGGCUUUGAGAUUCUUACGGCAGAAUCACUCUUCUCCACCCUUCUCUCCAGAGUACGGAGCUUAACCCAGAGGUUGAAUGUUGAAGAUGGUGGUCGUCCGGGUUUUCCAUCUACUCGACUCUUGAGCCACCUAGCAACUUCUCCAACAAGUGGCUUCUGGAGUAACAUGUAUGGUCGACCAGGAGAGCCACUUUCCAGGCGAAUAUCUGAGAGUCAGUUUUCAAGGUCAUUUGGGCAUGAUGGAGAUGGCCCAACGCCGUGGCGACGCAGUGUCAGCAGGGAUAUUUCGGACAGUGACAGUGUCUACAGUGAUACAGCAAACGCUAUGACACGUGGAGGAACUCUGCCAAGAGGUCCAUCAAGAUUUGACCGUGGUGGCAUAAGUGAUGAUGCAGGAAGUGACUUGAGUAGCUCAUAUUAUUACGCGCCAAGCUUGGCUCGGCAGAUGCCUUCCUACCGGGACUCAUCCAGCCAAGACAUAGGAAGCCAGUCAAAUAGGAAUCAGCAAACCACACCAUCAGAUUAUCUUGCACCCGUAAGAAAAUCGUCUCUCGGUUCAUUGGCAUCUCAGGGUAGUAAUAUUCCCCAACACACUUCCAGAAGAUUAUCAAGGACACUUUCCUUGCGAAGCACAGCUGACGAGAUGUAUAACAGUAGAACACCUAGGAACGUUGAUUUGUCUUCUAGAAAUAGUUACUGUUCUGAUUUUGGAGGUCAAGAAGGAAAGAGCAUUCAUAAAAACUCCUCUGUAUCUCUGUGCAGGCAAGAUUGUAUGCCUAUAACUGAAGAAUCCACUAGAUAUACAAGGAAAGAUCAUCUGCCUCCAACUCGUAGAUCUCUAAGUUUAUUAGAUUCAAAAGAUAGAAAUUUUAUCAGCAUGUCUACUCACAGAGGUGGUUCAUCAUCGGAUUGUGGCGAUUAUGGCCGUUACAAUAAGCCAUUGGAUAUGGACAGAGUUCUCCCGCCAUUGCCUUACAAUACUGUAUCUCAAGGACGAAAGAGAGAAGCUAGCCAAAGCUCAUCCAGCGCCAGACAGCGCUCAUACGGAUAUCAUUCAAAUGGUAGUAGCCAUCAUUUGCGGCACUCGAGUAUUGAAGAAGAAUUUUUACAGGAUCGUCCUCACCAUUCAUCAUCCCUUCCUAGUAUUGCUAGGUCAGAGGAAAAGAAAUCAAUUUUUUCAUAUGCUGGUAAACCCACAGACAAGGUGAAUGCAGAAUUGGAGGCUUCUUUUAAUUACGAAGUAGACAAAUCUUCCAGUUCAUCUGUUAAUUCUAAAAGCACAAGUAACAAUUCAAGUAUGCCUUCUCAACUGAAUAACUCAGAGUUUCAAAAUAUGGGCAAUUCCAGCUUGGUCCAUGGAAGCAUGUCUGGUAUCAGAAAUAAGCUUCAGAAUAAUUCAUUAAGUAAAAACAGCAUUAAUGCGUCAUCAUCUUCAGAAUCUAAGGGCCGCAGUCAGAUUCCAUCAUUGCUUCGUUUCCGGUCAUCUACCGUGAAUUGUGACGUAGAAAAGCAAAAGAAGAGAGACCGUCCUAAUAAUGAUAAGGAGGGCACAGAUUCUGUAAGGAAACUACGAACAUCUAAUUCACCGCGCUCCACACCUGAUCGUUCAAUACUGAGCAGAUUUUUGAGGCAAAGUUCUGAGGGGAAAGUUGCGACACGUGAAGCUGAUUCCGCGAGCGAUGAUAAGGAUACUUCUAAAAAGAAGCGCCGCAUUUCCCGGUUUCUGCGUCCAGAUUUCUUUGAUACCCCGCGAGAGGAGAGUGUUUAUGCUAAGGAAAAAGAUGCAAAGAAAGCAGCUGAAAUGGAAAAUAAGUUAAAAUUGAGGAAGAACUUAAAGAAGGUGGUUGCAGAAGAUAAAGAGUCUCCAUCUGAAGUGCAGGAUUCUACAGAAAUUGGAUCAUCAUCAAUUCUCAGUGAAGAUAGAUUGAAGACAAAGUCUAUUUCUGUAUCUUCAGGUAAUAUAAAUACUGAGAAUAAUAAUAUAAACUCGAAAAACCGUAUCAAGAGUGAGCUGGAACAAACUGGAGAAGGGAACGGGACUGGAAAUGAAAUGAGGGAAAAGUUAAAUGAUAUGAAUGAUACCAAAAAAGUGGAGAAAUGUAGUACAGCAUUUGAAAAACAGUCCAGCAACUCAAAUAACAAGAGCCGAUUCCUACAUUCGCUGGAGAAAAAACUUGAAAAAUUCAGGUCAUCAGGUGACUGUAUUCCAUCAAUCAGUAAUUCUGGCAAAAGUCGUGUAGACAAAGCCAUUCACUCUCUGCGUGAACAUAGCUUAACACCUCGUGGUGGCGAUAUCAUUACUUCAGAAUCACACCUUUUGAAACGUGCAGUUUCUGUGAGUGAGUGUUGCACUGUUGAGUCAAGCUCCAAAAACCAUAAGCCAUUUGUGAAAGAAAAUGCUGCUUCGAAACUGGGAAGCAAAGUGACUUCUGUUCUAGGUUUAUUUCGGAAACUAGAAGAUACUCCAGGUAAAACUGGUAAGUUAUCGCCUCCUCGACCUUCAGUGUUAUCUCGUCUCAGACGUACUCAGUCAGUGUAUGGUGGCUCUCGGAGUGACAGUGUUUUAUUGGACCAUGGCGCAGAUAUAGGCGGGUCCUCGGAAUUCAAGCCCGUUCGUCCUUUACGUUUGAAGAAAGCUAAUUCAAAUUCUUCUGUGGUUAAGAAAAACCCUGUUGAAAGUCAUGCGACAAUUCAUAAGAAAGAUUUGGAAACUGGUAAGAAGACAGAGACCCAGUCACAGAAUCCAGGCUUAAAUAUGCUUGAAAAUAAAAAGGCAGCAGAGUUAACUGUUGAAAAUGUGUUGGGCAAUGAAGCAGCUGUUCAUAAUUCCAGCAACGUGCAAGAGAUCAGUAUAUCCGAACGAGGCAUUGCAGUAAAGCAGCAGGGAAGUGGUGUUCCAAAACUUAUAAAAAGAGGCAGUAUUAAAUCUAAAACAAAGAACAUAAUUGAAACAAGUAUCAAAGCUCAACCUAGAAGUGACCCACGUUCAGAUUCAGAUGCUAAAAGUGCACAUAAACUUGAGCUGGAUAAAUGCUCUAAGGAUCUGUUUAAUAUGAGGCCACUAACGGAAAGCAAUACGAAAUUAGUUCAGCCUGAUACUCUCACUGGAUUGAAGGGGUUGGUAGCAGUUGCACCAGAAUCAACUGAUACUCUUAUAGUGAAGAAACUGGAGACAUCUGUAGAUACAAAUGAGGGUUUAAGUUUGGUGAUGCAGGAAGUAACAUCGGCUGCGAAAGCAAUGUGUAUCCCCCAUGAUUGUGGAAAUAAAAAUGACUUUGUAAGAAGAGAAAAUGAUGCACAAGUUUCAUCUAAGAGUUGUGUUGACGCAGGUAAAGCAGAGGAACUGAAGCCGUGUACAAAUUCUGGAAUAUCGCCAACCACAGAUAAUGCAUUUGAUAAUUCACCUGUAGAUGAUUACAGUUUGAAUGAUGAUGAGGUAAAAUUUGCGGAUGUUAAAUGUCUCGAUUCACACUCAUAUCCAGCUGAUGAUUCAUCUGUGUUAUCCCCAGCAGAUGAAUCAGAAAGUUUCGAUUCAUGGUCUGUUUGCUCAGACGCCGAAAACCGCGAGUUUCCACCGUCACCUGUUCCUCUACCAGGAAAUGAUGUUGAAGAAAGUGUCGGUGAUAGAAUACGUAGGAAAAGCUUCUACUCACGAUUUAAUGAUGUUAAAAAGAGACAUAGAAAGUCAUCCCUCUCUCCUGUCGCCUGUCUUUCGUCUUCAUACCGAGAUACAGAUUCUCUUUCCUACCAACAUCAUCCACGAAAUUUCUCGAGGAAAAUGGACCAUCCUGCAGACUAUGCCUCUAUGUAUCACCUUCGGAAACCGUACAGAAGCCAGUCUGUGCUUGCUGAAAAUGAUUAUGAUGAUGGAUUAGCUACAUAUAGCAGAAGAUCAUCAGUUUCUCCUAGAUCACACCCAAGUUCUUAUACUGAUUAUGAUUUUAAACCUUUGAUUACAGAAAAUGUGACCAAAGACAUGAAUGGAUUUGUAGAUGAUUUUAGCUUGACUGAUCAGAAUUAUUUGCCGAAGCACAACCAGGGGACUUCGGUAUCAUCAGGUGAAGGCAUGCAGACCAGAUCGACUGCUGGAGAAAAUGUGUCUUUUCUUGGAGGCAGUGUGGAAAAACUUCGAAUGCCAAGGCAUUUUAACCAUAAUGUAAAUUUCAAUACUUCGCAAUAUCAGCCUUUAUAUUCAGAUACCAUAAGAAGGGGCAGUGAUUCUCGUCUUUCAAGGUCUACCGAGUCUGAUAUUGGAACUGCCAUUGUUAAGUCUCGUUUGCCAACGAUAUGGAAUCAGCAUUUGAGUGUGGCACCAGGGUAUGCCAGUAGCAGCAGCAGUGUUGCAGGUGCGAGUUAUCCUGACGAUGCCAUGAGGUUAGGACUGGUCGCAGGGGAGACUUCGCCAUUACAUGGGAAAUAUAAUAGGUAUAACUCAAACAGCCCAUUGGAUGUGCCAUCCUCAGUGUUUAAUGGAUCGCCUACGACGACUGGAGAGAAUCUCUGGAUGGAAUCCGAAUGGCCAGUCGCCCCUCGCUGAUCGUACAACACAGAAUUGGGUCGGAGAACUUGGAGAUUGCGUAAAGAGCUAAAAUUUUGUGUGGAGGGAUGGAUAUAGCUAAAUGUUUUAUGUACAUCUGCAUGAAACAGAUGGAUUAAAGAACAAACUAUUUGUAUGCAUGGGAUUGGUAAAAGUAAUUAUAAAUACAAAUAUUUUGAUUUGAGUUGUGACAACUUUGCAGAGGUCCAUGUCCGCAGCUGAUAUAUCAAUUUCCCCUCCCCCCAUUUCUUUUACACUUUUAGCAUACAAAAAAUUAUCUACCUAUAACUUUCUUCUCCAGUAUCCUCAACUAAUUAUCAAUAGAAACAAAUUUUUGUUAGAACAGAGCAUAAACUGUAUGGAUUCUAUUACAUUUGAAAUUUUAAAAUAAUUAUUAAAUACGUUUUUCACUGGA